AUGAGGCUAAAACGGCACAGCAGGAAAGCAUCGAAAAGACGAUCCGAAUUAACAUUUGAUCUAAGUGGUUUGACCAAAGUACUCAAACGUACACGAUUAACAAGAAAUGAGUCACAGAGUGGUCAAGAUCUGCCACCAUCUUGUCCUUCACCAUCACAAGAUGCUUCUCUUGCUGUGCCAGCCAAAGGUCAUAUUGUCCAUAUGGUGGGUGUAUUUCAAAGUCCACCAAGUACAUCCACCUCAUCCUCCAAUGAAAGUAAUAAUGGAGGAAUAGCUACAACAACUAAUAGUAUACAACCUGAAACACCUCCAGUUCAUAACACAGAACCAACAUAUUCUUCAUCCGCACAUCUUGAUGAGCCGAAAAUUUAUCGUCGAUAUACCAAUUCAUCAGCUGCAACGGAACAGGACGAUUUUACACCGGAAGAAUUGCAAGAAUUUGCACAAGCAUUUAAGAUGUUCGAUAAAGAUGGUAAUGGUACGAUGAAUAUCAGAGAAUUAGGUGUAGCAAUGCGUACUCUCGGAUUAAAUCCAACUGAGGAAGAGUUACUCAACAUGGUUAAUGAAUAUGACGUGGAUGGCAAUGGCAAAAUUGAUUUUUUUGAAUUUUGUAAAAUGAUGAAAGAAAUGAGCAAAGAAACGGAUCAAGAAUUGAUACGAUUAGCAUUUAAAGUUUUUGAUAAAGAUGGUAAUGGAUAUAUCACGGCUCAAGAAUUCAAACAUUUCAUGACAACGAUGGGUGAAAAAUUUAGCGAAGAAGAAGUGGAUGAAAUUAUCCAAGAAGUUGAUAAAGAUGGCGAUGAACAGAUCAACUACGAGGAAUUUGUCCAAAUGAUUGCUCCAAUCGUCCACGAUGAAGCUAAAGAUGAUCCAUUCGCCGAAACUUCAUCUAAAAAAUGA